GAGGAGAGGAGGAGGAGGAGGAGUCAGGUGGUUAAGGUGAACCCGCUCUGUGGAGCGGCACGCGCAGGCAGCGCGCGCGGACAGCUCUGCGGGUCUGGAUGCGGAGAACUCCGUUUGAACAGCAGCGGAGCCACAGGACGCGGUUCUGGUCGAGUUCUGGAUCCGAACUUCUGGGUCUUCAUGCUAGAACUGAUUCUGUCUGGAUGAAGAUGACCUGAGGAUGAGGAGGAGGAGCCUUCGUCAGUCUAAGUCCAGAACGGAUUCUGGAGCCCUUCCUGGUGAAAGCAGGUGUGGGCGGAGCCUAAGCAUCUGUCAGAACUUCAGACUUUAACGUUGAGGUGAGUGGUCCGGAUGGGUUCUGUUCAGCGCUCAGCAGAAAGGAGGAGGAAGGAGAGACUGCGCCUCCUAGCGGCCGCUUAGAGGCAGGAGUUCCUUAGAAUCUGAUCGAUCAUUUCUGAGCUCCAGCUGAAACCAACAUCUAAGAUUCGGAGACCAAACCGUUUGGACCGGGUUCAGGUUCGGUUCUGCUGUGGAGUCAGGCUGGAGUAACUAGUUACCUGGUUGGCUGACUAGGUGAAUUCUUAGUGUGGAAGUUUACAGUUCUUUUCUGAAAAACGUUUUUUCUGUGAUCCAUGAUGACGUACCAGGGGGGCAGCGUCCUCCCUGAAGGUCCGAUUCUGCCGAUGGACACGAAGCACCAGAACUCUCUCUGUUGUCUGACCAGAAGGUUUGAGCUGAGCUCCCUCCAGCAGCCCAAAGAUGCUUCAAUGUUGGUAAAACUUUAUUGUUCUUUGAGCUUCAGGACAAAGUCAGACUCACAGGAAGAAUAAAGUCGGACGAUUCCAGGAAAAGUAGAAACCCGACUCGAUCCUCCGGCUUCAUGGAAUCUGAUGGAAGUUUCUUUAAUUGAAAGAUCCAUGUGACGUCCAGGAGUCCCGCCGGGAUCUGAGGGGCCGGAGUUCAGGGUCCAGACGGUCAGGACGGCCCCCGGCUCUUGGGGGGAGGCCCUCAUCCUGUCCAAGAUUCCUCUUCCUCGUGUCUGAAGCUGUCAGGAGGAAUCGGGAGAAGGAUUUCCCAUCAGAGUCGGUUCUGACUGAAUGUUUCCAGGAGUCUGAGUGGAUCUAAGGUUCUUCUUUGGUUCUGGUUCAUCUGGAUCUUUUUCUGGACGUUUGCUGCUGGAGCGUCAUGGUCCUCCUCUUGAAAGAUGUUUCCAGGACUCGUUUUCCUCUCAGACGCUGAACUUCUCCUGUUUGGAUUCUGUGAAGGCGGUGAAGCAGAACUGGAAGUUCUGUUGGAUCCCAUCCGGUCCCUCCAGGCCCGUAGAGACGCCGAGCUUCGAUGUGGAUCUGGGACGUGGCGUUCCUGAAGGAUCCGUCUCUCUCCCAGUCUGGUUUUGACAGAAGAAGCUCUUCCUCUUACACAGAGAUGAUCUGUGGUUGUCAACGUUCUGCCGUUUGAAGGACGCCGCCGCUCAUCCCGCCGUCGCCAUGGUGAUGUCUCACGGCACCUACACCUUCCUGGGCUGCUUCGCCGGGUUCUGGUUGGUGUGGGCCGCCAUCGUCCUGCUCUGCUGCUUCUGCAGCUUCCUGCAGCGUCGGCUGAAGCGCCGCCGCGAGGACCGACUCCGAGAGCAGUGUCCGCGGCCGGCCGAGGCCGCUCCCCUCAGCUGCCACACCGCCGCGUUCUCGCCGCCGCCGGCGUGCUGCCCCCCUCAGCCGCCCGCCCCUCAUCCCACCUCCAGAGCCUCCUGGGUCUCCAUGCUGGACACUGACGUCAUCGGCAAGCCGCCGUGUUACGAGGAGGCGGUCCUGAUGGAGGACCCUCCCCCUCCAUACAACGAGGUGCUGGCCGACCCCAGAGGCGGGACCUACCUGAAGCCGGCUCCGCCUCGCGCUGCGGCGCCGCCUUUGAGGGAAGAUCGGGAUGCGGCUCAGGUGUUCGCGCCAUCGACCUGCAAAGCCUCUGCCGUGGGGGCGUUUCCGGACCGGGGGUACUCCUCUCUGGUCCGCCUGCCGUCCUCGCAGCGCUGGGACUCCCUGGGUCACCUCCUGUCCAACAUGGACCUGAACCACAACAACCUCAGCCCCCCCGGAGUCCGGUCCGCUCAAGCAGCCGCCGCCAUGGCGACCAUGCCUCGCAGAGAGCCCAGGACUCAUCAGGGACUCCAGGGGGGGUUAGCAGAGCUCCAGGGGGG